ACUUCGUGUUUUUCCAAUAAAGGAAAAGGCAAGCUAACAUUCUAACUGGUGCACUAGCCAAGUUUAUCGACUUACAAUCUUCGACAAACUAACGGACUCGACAAUAGCCUUAUUAUUAAUCAACAUUUGGUGCCGUGUCCAGAUUUCUUCACUUUUACCAUCGAAGAAGAAGACGAAGAAGCAUUUAGAAAAAAAGAAAAUUACGUCAAUCGUCGAAUGUAUCACCAAAGCAGUAUGACUCACCGGAUCGAUCAAUCAAACACGUCUUGUUUUGAUUGUAUAUACAGGUAUCAUUAUACAAUUACCGCAUGUUCGCAUACAAUUUGUAUUAGCUGCUUACAUGCAGCAAUUGAGGAGAAGAUCCAGCUGCAAUUAGAAACAUUCAUUUGUCCUAGAUGUUCCAAUAAAGAAGAUUCAACACAGUUAAAUCCACAACAAUCAGUUGUUGAACCAUCAUCGAAAGCUCGUCAACGUAAUAAAAAUAAAACGGAAUCAGCUCAAAUUCUUCAUGCUCAAUUACAUUCUGUUCAACAUAAACAUGAACCAACACAAGUAAAUCAACUUCAACAACAAGAAUAUAUUCAAACACUUGAAUUACAAUUAAAACGUCUUACAGAAGAAAAUAUUCAUUUAAUUAAUACUGGAGCUUCAACAAAUGUUAAAAUCCAAGUAUUAGGUGAACAAAUUAAAAAAUUAUCAAUUGAUAAUGCUAAUUUGGAAAAACAAGCACAUCGUAAUGAAUUAUUAGCUAAAGAAGCCCAAAAAGAAAAAGAAGCUUUAAUUCGAUAUAAUGAACAAUUAGCACAGUCUCUUCCAAAUGUGGAAAAAGACUUAAAACGUAUCGAAGAAAUACUUCAUGAACAAUUAAAUGAAAGUCAAACAUCAUAUUUACAUGAAAUCGAUCAAUAUAAACGUCGCAUUGCACAACUUGAAACUGAUAAUGAACAAUUUGAAAAAGAAAUCUAUCAAUUAAAACAAACAAUUGAUUUAAAUCAACAAAAAGAACAUGAAUAUAAUGAUUUACAACAACAAUUAACUAAAGAAAUUGAAGAAUAUAAAAAACAAAUUGAUCAUUUACAAAUUCAAUAUCAAUCUCAAAAGAAUAAAUUUAGGCAAGAAAUUGAACGACUUGAACAAGAAAAAAUAUCCGAACAACAUCAAUAUGAAGAAUCUCUAUAUAGUAAACUUGCAGAAAAACAUAUUCAAAUCGAUGCAUUGCGCACAGAACUUGAUGAAACUAAAGAAAGAAAUGAUUCUACAUUUUCACAAUUAGAUGGACGUCUUCAAUCAAAACGUGAUGGAAGUCAAUUACUUAAUAACAUUCAAUAUUUUGGUCAAUGUCUUUCAUCGUCUCGACAUAUAUUUGAAUCGACCAUCGAAUCAAGCAAACAAACUUUAUCAACAACAGUGACAAAAAAUAAACAUGAUAAUAAUCAACGUCAUAUACAAACAAAUAACGCUAUCCUUAUUCUUAUGAUCUUAAUGAUUCAACACACAAAAAGUCAACUACAAUCUACGGCGAAUCUUGUUAUAGGAUCAACCGUGGUUCAUCACAAACAUAUAUUAUGGAAUUUGAACUACACAAUUCUUACCACGCGAGUCGACUUCUAA